ACUUGCCAUCACCUCCAAUACAAAAUGAACCAAUUAACCCAUGUAUACCAUCACCAUGUGGCCUAUACUCAUAUUGUAAAGAUUCCAAUGGAUAUCCUUCUUGUUCUUGCCAAGAAAAUUAUAUUGGUUCCCCGCCAAAUUGUAGACCCGAAUGUACAAUAAAUGAAGAAUGCCCAAAAAAUAAAGCUUGUAUGAAGCAAAAAUGCCAAGACCCAUGCCCUGGAUCAUGUGGUGUUAAUGCUAAUUGUAAUGUUUAUAAUCAUAACCCAAUAUGCUCCUGUAUUGAUGGUUACACUGGUGAUCCGUUUACUUCUUGCUAUGUAAAACCUACAUCUUCUCCUAUACCACAAUAUGACGAUCCAUGUAACCCGUCUCCAUGUGGAUCAAAUGCAUUAUGCAAUAAUGGUAUUUGCUCUUGCUUGAGUGAAUAUCAAGGUGAUCCAUACUCUGGCUGUCGUCCAGAAUGUAUUUUAAAUACAGAUUGUCCCAUUAUUAAAGCAUGCAUUAAUAAUAAAUGUAAAAAUCCAUGUCAAGGAACAUGCGGAUUAAAUGCAAUUUGUAACGUUUACAAUCAUAUUCCAAUGUGUACUUGUCCCCAAGGCAUGAAUGGCAAUGCAUUUAUUCAAUGCAUACCUAUCCAAGCAUCCGUUGAAAUCAUCAAUCCAUGUGCUCCAUCUCCUUGUGGACCAAAUAGCCAAUGUAAACAAAUGAAUGGUGUAGCAGUGUGUUCAUGUAUAUCUGGAUACUUGGGUGCACCACCUUUGUGUAGACCUGAAUGCACAAUAAAUUCCGACUGUAGUCUGAGCGAAGCUUGUUCAAAUCAAAAGUGUCGAAACCCAUGUCCUAGUAUUUGUGGAAUUGGUGCAAAAUGUCAAGUUAUAAAUCAUAAUCCAAUUUGUAGCUGUCCACCGAGUUUAAUUGGAGAUCCAUUUACAAGAUGUUACAAUAAACCAGCCGAUUCACCACAAUACGUUGGUAAUCCUUGCAUACCAUCUCCUUGUGGACCAAAUUCUCAGUGCAAGGUUCAAGGUGAAUCACCAUCAUGUUCAUGUCUACCUAAUUUCAUCGGAUCACCUCCAAAUUGCAAGCCGGAAUGUAUCACCAAUAGCGAGUGCUCUUAUAAUCUAGCUUGUGCUAAUAUGAAAUGUAAAGAUCCUUGUCCAGGUUCAUGUGCACCAAAUGCUGAAUGCCAUGUAGUAAGCCAUUCGCCAAUAUGCAAAUGUCCAAUUGGAUACGUCGGUGAUCCGUUCACGCAAUGUAUUGUACAGCAAGCCGAUCYGAUACCACAAGAGUAUUUAAAUCCAUGUCUACCAUCCCCAUGUGGGACAAAUGCAAUAUGUAAAGAACAAAAUGGAGCUGGUUCAUGUACGUGCUUGCCUGAAUACUAUGGAAAUCCAUACGAAGGGU